UCUAAAGAUAGCGGCCCCUGCCUCGGACUCCAAACGCCACCGGGCAGCGGGAGCCGCCAUGGCACGUCUUCCCUCUCCCACCCCUAUGAAACCCCACCUCAACUCCUCUGCAGGCAGCAUGCCCGGACCCUGUGGUACGAUAGGCCCAAGUAUGUGUUCAUGGAGUUUUGUGUUGAGGAUAGCACCGAUGUCCAUGUGCUCAUCGAAGACCACCGCAUUGUGUUCAGCUGCAAGAAUGCGGAUGGAGUGGAGUUGUACAAUGAGAUUGAGUUCUAUGCCAAGGUGAACUCCAAGGACUCCCAGGAUAAACGCUCUGGCCGCUCCAUUACUUGCUUUGUGAGGAAGUGGAAGGAGAAGGUGGCCUGGCCCCGGCUCACCAAGGAGGAUAUCAAGCCAGUGUGGUUGUCUGUGGACUUUGAUAACUGGAGAGACUGGGAAGGAGAUGAAGAGGUGGAGCUGGCUCAUGUGGAACAUUAUGCAGAGCUUUUGAAGAAGGUCAGCACCAAGAGACCUCCCCCGGCCAUGGAUGACCUGGAGGAUGAUUCUGACAGUGCCGACGCAACAAGUAAUUAACUUUCUGUGACAGCAGAGCUGGGGAGGAAGCUGUGACUAUCUUCCAGUCACUCUGACAAGCUAGGGCCUGGGUCUUUGUCAGCUCUUUGGCUGUGCACCAGGGUCUUCUGUGAUCUCUGAACUUUCCUAAAAGCUCUUUAUUAAGGG